AUGUCGGCCUCCAGAGUCAGCCAGGUAAAGACCCCCACCGAGAAGGCCAUGUUCGACAUUAUCGACGUCUUUCACAAAUUCUCCGAAAGAGGCGGCUACGAAGAUGGGCUGGAAAAGAAGGAAUUCGAAGAUAUGAUCCAUCAGGAAGCCCCACACUUCUACGAGAAAGUGGUCAAGACCCACGAAAAUCUGGAGAAAAUCUACAAGAAAGCCAACGUGGACGGGAACAAAUGGUUGUGUUUUAAAGAGGUCGUUAUGGUGCUGAGCAGCAUCGCCAACGAUUCCCAUAACAGAUCCCACCAGGAAGAAAAUCCCUGCGAGGGUUCGAACCCAACUCAAGGCCGCCCGGGUCAGGCCCCUUCCCAAGGCCAUGACCACGGUCACGAGGGCCACGGCCACGGCCACAGCCACCGCCACUGA